GAACAACAGCAUGACCUGUCUGUAACAUACAGAUAGCGAUUCACAGAUAAGAUUGGAACGCACAGACAGCUAGACAAUGGCGGCCCAAAAGAAAUGGAUGAUUGUCGCCUUCUUCUGCAUCAUUUUCCAAAUAUCACAUCAGAUGCUUGACCAGCCAACCAUCGACAUGAACUGUGACCCAUCAAUAAGUAAACGCAUGGACGACUGCCCUGCUGGCUACUGCUGCGUCCGUGACGAGUUCCUCCCAACCUACGUCUACUGCAAGAAGAUGGGGGUCCACAACGAGGACUGUACCACGAAGCUGACCGAGUCCGCCUGUCCGUGCGUCUCUGGCCUGCGCUGUCGUCCUAACAUUGAGAGUGCCACCUUCCACUCACUGUAUGGGAGAUGUCACCCCAACACAACUGUACAUCCCAGUAUAACUGGGUGAGAACAUGGCUGGAGAAUUAACUGAACAGAAUACGUCAGUAUUCCAUAACCACUAUAAUGAUGUGCAUUUGAAGUAUUUGAAAUCUAGUACAAGUAAACUAUUUUAUCAAAUAAAAUUUUCUGAAACGUA